AUGCUAUUCUUACAUCGAUAUAUUAUUCUCUGUAUACUUGCUACAUUAUUCAUUAGUGUUAUUGGUCAACAAGCAUGUCAAGAUUUCUCAGCUGAUGAAGGAAACUGUGCAAAAUUUAUUCGAUGUUUUCAAAACUUACGUAUUCGAUUUACAUGUGCUCCUGGUACAGCAUGGGAAAAUUCACUUAAAACAUGUGUAUGGAUAGAACAAGUUGAAGCAUGUAAAAAAGUUAAACAACAACGUAAACUCGAUGCAACUAAUGACAUGAUUACAUAUGACGCUGAUGUAAAUGCUCUUAAUGAUAUUCCUGUUGGUCAAACAUUAGCUGAAGCACGAGCACUUGGACCAAUGGUUACACCAAAACAAUAUCGAUGUUCAUUUUGCAAUACUGGUCUUUGCGGUAUUGUUGUUAAUACCAUUCAAUGUUUCUGUGGUAAUGUUCAAUGUCCACCAUCAACGACAACAACAGUUACACCACGAAAUCCUUGUGCUGAUAAUCCUUGUUACAAUGGUGGUCAAUGUGUUCCAUUAGGAGGCGGAUUUAUUUGUAACUGUCCAGAAACAUUUACUGGUAAUCGUUGUGAAGCACCAGCUCCUACACCUUGUCAACCAAACCCCUGCCAAAACGGGGGUACUUGUGUACCACAAGGUACAUCAUUUUUUUGUCAAUGUCCAUCAACAUUUAAUGGUUUUUGUUGUGAAAAUCGUAUAACUACAACAACACCAUUUAAUCCAUGUGCUCAACAACCUUGUCAAAAUGGUGGUCAAUGCAUGCCAGCAGGCAAUUCAUAUGUUUGUCAAUGUCCAAAUGGUUAUUAUGGUACACGAUGUGAAUGCCGUAAUUAUUGUAUACCUAAUCCAUGUGCUAAUAACGGUAUUUGCACUCAAACGACAACUGGUUACAUCUGCUCAUGUACAUUUCCAUACACUGGCACUAAUUGUCAACAAAUUAUUACCACAACAACAACAACAACAACAACUACAACAACACCCGCAACACGUGCACCGUGUGGUGGUGGUUGUGCAUGUGUUUUUACACCAUGUCCAAUUGUUGUUGUAACAAAUCCAUGUGUACCAAAUCCAUGUCAAAAUAUGGGUGGAUGUGCUGUUCAAUAUAGAGCAGCAAGAUGUUAUUGUCCAGAUGGUUAUCAAGGAUAUUAUUGUCAAUUUAGACAUAGUGCUCGAUCAUUAAUGUCGAAAACAUGUAAUAUGACAUGUUUUAAUGGUGGUCAAUGUUAUAUAGAUGAACAACAAGGUGGUCGAGCUCAAUGUUCAUGCCCAAAUGAAUAUUAUGGACCAAGAUGCGAAUAUAUUAAUCGACCAAAAUCAUGUUCACCAAAAAAUCCAUGUAUGAAUAAUGGUAAAUGUGUAACAACAAGUGCUGGUUCACAAUGUGUUUGUAAAUCGGGUACAUCCGGUGUUUUAUGUGAACGAAUUGAACGAUCUCUUAAGGAAAAAUAUUGUCCACUUAAUUGUCAAGCUGAUGGUAUAUGUGUUUAUGUUGGUUCGACACCAAAAUGUCAUUGUAAACAUGGUCGAACUGGUCAUUUAUGUGAAAUACACUCUGGUUAA